AUGGUAUCAACCUGGCUACUGAGUUGUGUUAUGAUCCCCUUCACAGCUAUUUGGGGACGGGAGUUCAAGAUUCUUAUACUUCUCCCUCGGACUAACACACAUUGGAAGUACUCAUUUGGUACAGAGAUGUCGGGAGUUGCAGCAUUGGAAGCGAUCGACUUUGCCAACGCUAACAUUUUAACUGGCAACAAUUCAUUGACAGCAGACUUUGCUGACACAAGGUGCGACCAGAUACAGGGACUAGGAAUAGUAGUAGAUAAGUUAACGUCGACUAACUACAGUGCCAUAGUUGGUCCACCAUGCUCCCCCGUUUGUAAGCAUGUUGGUCGGUUGGCAGCUUACAAGAAUAUCCCUAUGUUUAAUGGUGUGUGUCAAGGCAUCGAGAUGCUCAACAAAAAUGUGUUUUCGACUCUGACACGAUUUCUUGGAACCUUUGACUUAGUUGGGGGAGCAGUUGUCUCAUUUCUGAAGACAUACAAAUGGAAACGAGUCAGUAUUAUUGCGCAAAAGCACGCAGAUCCAAUAUGGACGCUGACACGAGACGCAGUGGGUGUUCUAGCGGAGAAAAAUAACAUUUCGGUGGCAGCCAAAGAAACCCUGGACCUUAUUCCCAGAACAACACACCUGUCACAAUUUCAGACUGCAGUCAACACCAGCAGAAUUGUUAAUCGAGUGUAUGGUGAUUUUACAUGGCAACAGGGUAGUCCAAGAGAUGAGGAUCUCCUUAAAGCAUUCAGUGCAGUAUUCUGGCUGAAUUAUUUCGAGCCGCCGACAGCACAAUACAAAGAUUUCCAGGAACGUGUGAUUAAAAGAUCAAAAACGGAGUUUAAUUUCACAUACGAAUCAGAUGAAAACGUUCCCUACCAAGCUGCAAACCUUUACGAGGCUGUUUACCUUUAUGCUGUCUCUCUCAACAAUACAUUGGAGGAGGGAGGGGAUCCGGACGAUGGAAGACUUGUAUCACAACGGUUAUGGGGAAAAUCGUUCUCGGGAAUUGCAGGAAACAUUUCUCUGAAUUCCAAUGGGGAUAGAAACCAAGGCUACACAGUCAAAAAAAUGAAAGACGUCGAAUCGGCACAAAUAGAGGUGGUUGGUCAUUACUUUAGCAUCAAGGGUGUUUAUGAACCAGAUACAAAUGUGUCGAUACACUGGCCCGGAGGUAGGAGUGAACAGCCAAGUGAUGGGCCUGCGUGUGGGUGGGAGAACGAAUUAUGCCCAGAAACAAGCCAAGACCUCAUGCAAACGUUGAUUAUAAGCGUCGUGAUCGUCGUAUUUUCACUAGUCUUAGUAGGAAGUCUUGUUGUUCUUCUCAUAUACAGAAAAUUGAAAUGGAGUCGUGAUAUCGCCGAGAUGAGAUGGAAAUGUAACUAUGACGACGUGAAGAUGCAUGCAAGUGGCACUGAAAGUCGCAUGUCACGUAUAUCGCUUAAUACAAAAGGAUCGUAUGGUAGAGGUGACGAUGUUAGAUUUACCGAGAUGGGUCUAUAUAAGGGUGCAACUGUAGCUAUAAAGAGACUGUUAAGUGAAAAUGUCAUACUGAAUGAGAAAUACAUGUCAGAGAUGAAACAGAUAUAUGAUUUAUCCCAUAAUAACAUUGCGAAGAUCAUUGGGGUCUGCGUAGAUGGGAAAGAUAAAUGUAUCCUAACGGAGUAUUGCGCCAAGGGAAGUUUGCAGGAUGUUCUUUGGAAUGAAGAUUUGAAACUUGACUCGACGUUCAAAUUCUCACUAAUGCUGGAUGUAAUUGAGGGACUAAGAUAUCUUCAAAACAGCUUUCGAAAAUGCCAUGGGAAUCUAAAAAGCUCCAACUGCCUUGUUGAUACUAGAUUUGUUGUUAAAUUAUCGGACUUUGGUUUGGUGGACUGGCGCAAGAAGCAAGAGGUGAAGAAUGAAGAUAUUCUCUAUAAAAGUCCAGAAGAGCUCUUUGAAGAAAGACCCGCUUUUAUAAAUAAGAAAGCAUCUGAUGUGUAUAGCUUUGGAAUACUAGCACAAGAGAUUGUUAACAGAAGAGGAACAUGGUAUCUCAAAACUGAAAUUGACGUUGAGGAGAUUCUGAAGUUGUUGAAGAACCCGAUGACGUGUCACAAGAUAAGGCCAGAUUUCGAUGAAGACGUUUGUUCCGAAUCACUGCAAGAUAUUAUUAGAAGAUGUUGGAGUCACACGAUCGAAAAGAGGCCCACAGUGGAUGAGCUCAGUGUUGAUAUAAAGAACACUGCAUAUAAAGGUAAAAAGGGUCUCAACAUUAUGGACAACUUGCUCAACCGAAUGGAACAGUACGCCAACAAUCUUGAAUCUCUGAUAGAGGAACGCACUGGACAAUACCUAGACGAAAAGAAACGAGUAGAGGACCUUCUUCAUAGGUUACUCCCCAGAUCAGUUGCAAAGCAGCUUCAGACAAAAGGAUUUGUGGAACCAGAAUCGUAUGACUGCGUAUCCAUCUAUUUCUCGGAUAUUGUGGGAUUUACUUCUAUAUCAGCAUCCAGUACUCCUUUUGAGAUUGUUAACUUUUUGAACGAUCUUUACACAGCGUUUGAUGCGAUUAUCGACGGCUUCGAUGUUUACAAGGUGGAGACAAUUGGAGACGCGUACAUGGUUGUAUCUGGUUUGCCGAAUCGCAUUUCCAACCACGCUCAAGAGAUUUGCCACAUGGCUAUUGCCCUACUCAACAUUGCAAAGACAUUCGAAAUCAAACACAAAGCUGAUGAAAGGCUCAAACUAAGAAUUGGAAUUCACACAGGUUCUGUUGUUGUUGGUGUUGUCGGUCUCAAGAUGCCGAGAUACUGUCUCUUUGGAGACACUGUCAAUACAGCGUCAAGGAUGGAGUCAAACGGCGAAGCCAUGAAGAUCCACAUCAGCUCUGAUACACAGAAACAGUGCAACACGGACUCUAUGUUCAUCAUCACAUUGCGUGGAGAAUUAAUGAUCAAGGGAAAGGGUAUGAUGACAACCUAUUGGUUACAACAAAGUGACUCGUACAAUUUCUCGAAUCUCACCCUAAAAGAUGGCUCGUUUUUAACUAUCCCUUCUGCAGAAACUCAACGGAGUCCCGGUAGGCAGAAUAUCGAUGGGAGUGAAAUUCACGGCAUCAAACCAUCUUCCCCAUUUGACAAGCCGCCUACGAAAUUGAUGUGCACACGCCAUUAA